UGCUCCCGGCGGCGUGAUUCUUUGACGCGCCUACUACCACUUCAUUCAUUUUCAGUCAAGGGCUCUCCGAACCCUUGUUUACAAACGUAGAAAGAUGAUGCAGGCACCGAUCAUUCUGCUCAAAGAAGGCACAGAGAAUUCCCAAGGGAAGCCGCAGGUAAUCAGUAACAUCAAUGCCUGUCAAGCAAUAGCUGACGCUGUUAGGACUACGCUUGGCCCUCGUGGGAUGGACAAGCUCAUUGUCGAUAGUUCUGGAAAGACGACCAUUUCCAACGAUGGUGCUACGAUUAUGAAGCAGCUCGACAUCGUUCAUCCGGCCGCCAGGACGCUGACGGAUAUCGCCAAGUCCCAAGACUCCGAAGUGGGCGACGGUACGACGACGGUCGUACUUUUGGCAAGCGAGUUCCUUAAGCAGUGCAAGCCUUACGUCGAAGAGAGCAUCCAUCCUCAAGUAAUCAUUCGCAGCUUGAGAAAAGCAGUCGAGCUAGCAGUGGCCAAAAUUCGCGAGAUCGCCGUUACCGUUCAGAAGGGCAAAGAACAGCGCGAACUCCUCGAACGCUGCGCCAUGACCACGCUCGGCUCCAAGCUGAUCGCCGGCCAGAAAGAGUUCUUUGCUCGAAUGGUCGUGGAAGCCGUCAUGCAGUUGGACGAAUUGCUGCCGCUCAACAUGAUUGGCAUCAAGAAGGUGCAGGGAGGUGCUCUUGAGGACUCUAUGCUCGUGUCGGGCGUUGCCUUCAAGAAGACCUUCUCGUACGCGGGUUUCGAGAUGCAGCCCAAGAAAUACGAGAACCCAAAGAUCGCGCUCCUCAAUAUCGAGCUGGAGCUGAAGGCUGAGCGCGACAAUGCCGAGGUGCGUGUGCAGAGCGUUCAGGAGUACCAGAACGUCGUGGACGCCGAGUGGGAAGUGCUGUACGAGAAGCUGCGCAAGAUUCACGAGAGCGGGGCGCGGGUCGUCCUCUCCAAGUUGCCCAUCGGCGACGUGGCCACGCAGUUCUUCGCCGACAGGGACAUGUUCUGUGCGGGCCGGGUGACGGACGAAGACCUGCGGCGUACGGCCAAGGCAUGCGGCGGCGCCAUCCUUUCAACGGUGUUUGACCUGCAGGAGUCCAACCUGGGCAGCUGCGCGCUGCUUGAGGAGAUCCAAAUCGGCGGCGAACGUUACAAUCUCUUCACGGGCUGCCCACAAACGCGUACCGUCACCAUCAUCCUCCGUGGCGGCGCGGAGCAAUUCAUCGACGAAACAGAGAGGUCUCUGCACGACGCCAUCAUGAUUGUCCGCCGUGCACUGAAAAAUGACGCUGUUGUAGCAGGCGGCGGUGCCAUCGAGAUGGAGCUGUCCAAGCAUCUGAGGGACUAUUCGCGUUCCGUGGCCGGCAAGGAGCAACUUCUGGUAGCUGCCAUGGCAAAGGCGCUCGAGGUGAUCCCAAGACAACUGUGCGACAAUGCUGGCAUCGAUGCCACCACGCUGCUAAACAAGCUGCGACAGCGACAUGCUGCUGGCGACAUUUGGGCGGGCGUCGACAUUCUGCAAGGUGACGUCGUGGAUAACUUGAAGGCCUGUGUAUGGGAGCCAGCUGUGGUCAAGAUAAAUGCCCUGGUAGCAGCCACUGAAGCAGCUUGCCUUGUCCUCUCGGUGGAUGAAACGAUCAAAGCACCCAAGUCUGGGGGCGAUGACGAGGGUCGUGGAAGGCCCUUCUGAACUUUUCCUUCUUUUUCCUUGCCUGACCAUCAAUAAAGUUGUGUUAACUUUGUA